AUGAGAGAAUUUAAGUAUGAUGUAAUACAGUUAAUCACUGGAAUUAGGGACCGGCCAUGUUUGUGGGAUAAAACCAUAGAAAAUUAUAAAGAUCGUGUUGAAAGAAGAAUUGCGUGGGAGGAAAUAUUCAAUAUGUUAGAAGAGAGAUACGACAACAUGACACUUGAGGAAAAAAGGCUCACAGGUGAACACAUUUUAAACAAAUGGACAAAUAUACGGGACACAUUCGUUAAAUCUCUCAAAACAAAAAUGGGAAGACCCAAAAGAAGGUACGUACUGUACGAGCAUUUAAAAUUCUUAACAAAAAUUAAUCCAGAAGUAUGCGGCAUCGAACAAAAUGAAUUGGGAAACGAGUCUAACGAAGAAGUACCUUACCUGAAGCAGGAAACCGAAUCACACUUGUCAGAAUUACAAGAGACAAGUUACGAACCAAAAAAACGUUCAAAACGAAAUGACGUCAACGAUACGGAAUCAAAUGAUUUUUGUGUUAUUGAAAACAGUUACAGUCAAAAAAGGAAGUCGAAAAGAAACGACUUCGAUGAUUUGAAGUUAUCCGAAUACUGUGGCAGUGAAUCCAGCUAUAGUAAAAAAAAGAAAUCGAAUGAUACCACUUUUGGGAAAAAGAAAUCAAAAAAUGAAAGUACUUCAAAAGAUGAUGAUAGUGUAAAUGAUGAUAUAAACUUUGUAGAAGUCGAUGAGAGUGAUAACCCAAGGUUGAUGAAUGAAGAUGAAGCGUUUUUUGCUUCUUUAUUACCGACCGUUGUGAGGUACAGUGAAGAUGAAAGGUUAGAAUUCAGGAUUGAAGUUCUUGGUGUGAUGAAGAAGAUAAAGGAUAAACGUAAAUGGUAUGAAGUUUGA